UGCUAGAAGAUCACAAAGUAUUUUGCUUGUUCUUGUUUUGUGAAUGGCACCAUAACGAAAAGAGAAACGUUUUCAUAUUUUCUUAAUGUUUUGGCUGUUCUACAUGAGCUAAUGAUUCAAAUCCAAAAUGGAUAGAAACUUCGACGUUUUGGGUCAAUACCGCGCCGUUUCUGCCAAGCUAAAAAAACGCUUCUUGAAGAAACCCAACGUUUCCGAGGCAAGCGGGCAAUUCGGAUCUUUGUCGAAGGAACUGAGACGGGAAGAAUGUCACCAGUAUGCAGGCUUCUGCUGCCUUGCUAAAGCGCGAUGCGAGAACACUUUGACAAAUUCGGCAGGCGAAGUAGAGGCUUUGACCGAGGCAGCUAGACUCUUUCUAAAAGCCGAACAAGAAAAUUUAGAACUUGGUUGUCCCGCCUUUGAAGAGCAUUUGACAGAAGCAAUUCAUGUUUAUAAUCAGGCGAUCAAGGUUUAUUGCUCUCAGGGAAACACUUCAUUAGGUGCUUGUCUGUGUUUGGAGCUCGCUGAUGCUCUGAGGCGCAUGAAUCGCUCAUCGGAGGCCAUGGUACAGUACAAACAUGCAGCUGAAUUGCAACAUCAGACGCCAAUUAAUGCUCUGAAGGCGAUGGGGCAUGCUGCGUCCUGCAAGAUUGAUACAGCUGACUAUGAUGGGGCUCUUUCCAUUCUCACAGAGAUGGCUUAUUAUGCCCAGGAGCGUGGAGCUAUUGACAGUUCGGAUUUAUCAGGAUGCUUGGUCAAACUACAUGGGCCAUACCAAGACAUUGUCAUAAAAUGUGAGAUCAGUCGUGUCCUAUUACUUAUGUUAUUGCAGCCCAGCCCUCAGCGUAUCAGACCAGAGCAUGCACAGACGCUUGAACGAUAUAUUUGGCACAGUGAGAAUGACCAUGGUUUGAUAGCUUGGAUGAAUGAGGAUUUAUUCAUAUUGCUACAGUCGCUGGUGAUGGCCUGCCAAGCACACAGCUGUGAAGAGUUGAGAGAGUUAGAGAAAGAUUUGUGGAGGUUUCUUGACAAUGAGCAAAAGCACCUUCUUCAUUUGGUGAUAUCCAGCAUUUCCAAAUCAGCAAAUUAGCUCAGGCCACAUUAUAUUUUAUAUAAAUUAGUAAUACUUUGUAAAUCAGGUUGAUUGUCUCUUGAAAUGGAAAUCUGAUUUUAAUGUUUUGGUGUCCUUGUGAACAUCAAAUGUUGUUUGUGCACUUUCUACUAGACCCAGAGCAGUGGUGCUACUCUGUUUCCCACACUCUAUGCCCGGGUGCCAUUACCCUGGUCCCAGAGCCUUAAACGUCUCUCUAUUUGCUGGCCACUAAAUAGAGAGACGCAUGAGGCUCUGGAACCAGGGUAGGGUCCCAUAGGAUGUUGUUUGAAAACCUCUAAGUAAAGGGUUGUAUAAUAUCUCAACAAACAUAAAGCCUUAGAAAUAAAAAUAGCUUAUGUAUAGCAAGCAGCUACAUUUGAACCACACACAACAUUGUGUGUGGUUUAAAUGGCCAUCUAUGACAGGACCAACGAUGGUACUAUUGACAAGCAUUUAUUAUCACAUUUGCAUUGAAAGAAAAAUAAUGGAUAAAUUAAUAAAGAUGCUGGAUUGACUAGAAUAA